AUGAAAUACUUGGCUGCUUACUUAUUGUUGGUUCAAGGUGGUAACACCUCCCCAUCUGCUUCUGACAUCUCCGCUUUGUUGGAAACCGUCGGUGUUGAAGCCGAAGAACAAAGAAUCUCCACUUUGUUGGCUGAACUCGAAGGUAAGUCCGUCGAAGAGUUGAUCCAAGCCGGUAACGCUAAGUUGGCUUCUGUCCCAACUGGUGGUGCUGCUGCUGCCUCUUCUGGUUCCGCCGCUGCUGCUGGUGGUGCCGCUGCUGAAGAAGCUGCUGAAGAAGCCGUCGAAGAAAAGGAAGAAUCCGAUGACGACAUGGGUUUCGGUUUGUUCGAUUAG